UUUCUUUUCCCUCCUCUCUCUCUCUCUCUAGAUUCUGAUUUUGUUGCCGACCGCCAUUAAUCGAACUCUCCUUUUUCUCUCUCCAUCAGUUACAAAUUCACUCUCUUCUUCGCACAGCCAUUGCCUCAGUCUCCGCCAAUCCCCAAAUGCAAGAUAUCUUCGCUUCAGUUCGCCGAUCAUUGGUUUUCCGCGCUCCUCUCGACAAUGAGGAUUCGCAUACUCCUCCAGUUGGAGUUGGCGUGGGAGCCCUAGUUGACAAGAUCAACUCCGGCAUUCGAAAAUCCAGAGUCUUCUCCAGGCACUCCCCUUCCUCUGCUCUGCCUCCGAUCCCCAAGGAGAACGAGCCGCCGAUUCGAUGGCGCAAGGGCGAGUUGAUUGGCUGCGGCGCCUUUGGCCGUGUGUAUAUGGGCAUGAAUCUUGAUUCUGGAGAGCUUCUCGCUGUCAAACAGGUUUUGAUAGCUGCGAAUGGCGCUUCGAAGGAGAAAGCGCAGGCUCACAUUAAGGAACUUGAGGAAGAAGUGAAGUUACUCAAGGAUCUUUCUCAUCCAAACAUUGUUAGAUAUUUGGGCACAGUUAGGGAGGAUGAUUCUUUAAAUAUAUUAUUGGAAUUUGUCCCUGGUGGAUCGAUAUCAUCACUUUUGGGGAAAUUUGAAGCCUUCCCUGAAGCAGUUAUAAGAACAUAUACAAAACAGUUAUUAUUGGGACUGGAAUAUUUGCACAAGAACGGUAUCAUGCACAGGGACAUUAAGGGGGCAAAUAUUCUUGUAGAUAACAAGGGAUGCAUUAAGCUUGCAGAUUUUGGUGCAUCAAAACAGGUUGCCGAGCUGGCUACAGUUUCUGGUGCGAAGUCCAUGAAGGGUACUCCAUAUUGGAUGGCUCCUGAAGUCAUUCUGCAGACUGGGCAUAGUUUCUCUGCUGAUAUAUGGAGUGUUGGAUGCACUGUUAUUGAGAUGGCUACAGGAAAGCCUCCUUGGAGCGAUCAGUAUCCAGAGGUUGCUGCUCUUUUUCAUAUAGGUACAACAAAGUCUCAUCCUCCAAUCCCUGAGCAACUUUCUAUUGAAGCUCAAGAUUUUCUGUUGAAAUGUUUGCAGAAGGAACCAAACUUAAGACCAGUUGCAUCUGAACUGCUGAAGCAUCCUUUUGUUACUGGGGAGGAAGCAAAAUCUCAACUUGCAUCGAAUAAUGCAUGCAUGGAGCCUUUGGAAAUCCAUUCACCUCUAUAUACUGCAAACCUUGAGAUGAGUAAAACUUCAACUCAUCUUGGAUCAAGUGAUAUUUGUAACUUGGAUAGUCUGAGCUGCUCAAAAGUAUACACUGGUAACGAACAAGAAAAUGAUAUUUGGGGAACAAACAACAGUGAUGAUGAAAUGUGUCAGAUUGAUGACAAGGACGAUUUUAUGUUAGAUGAAGUAAAACUCAGGUCUUCUAUUAUACCCGAAAAUUUGAAGAGUUAUAACCCAAUUUGUGAGCCCUCCGAUGAUGAGGAUUGCAAAUUUGAUAAAGGUCCAGUAGUAGACCAAGGAAGCAAUUUAGAUGAGAAAGCUCUUGCGCCUGGAAGCUGUUCUGGAGUUUUUGAUGAGGACCAAAACUUCUCCUUUCCUUGUGGGCGAUCACUUUCUGAAGAUGAGGAUGAGGUUACUGAAUCAAAAAUUAAAGCUUUCUUGGAUGAAAAGGCUUUUGAAUUGAAGAAAAUGCAGACACCCUUAUAUGAAGAGUUCUACAAUAGUUUGAAUACAUCCUGCUCUCCCGUUUUUAUUGAGAGUAAACCAGAUGAAAGUACUCCUAAAUACUUGAAAUUACCCCCAAAAAGCCGGUCUCCAAGUCGAAGUCCAGGUAACCAAUCGACAGUAAUGGAUGCUUUUGGUACUGGGAGCCCAGGGAGCGGUAGCAGGAGUAAUGGAAAUGAUCAGAGAUCACAACUCAAUGAUUGGAAAGGACUUCUAGCUGAUGGUCAGUCAGAAGCUGGUAGCCCAAGGAAGCAUUAUUCUGAAAUACAGAGGAAGUGGAAAGAAGAGCUUGAUCAAGAGCUUGAGAGAAAACGAGAGAUGAUGCGUCAAGCUGGUGGGGGAAGUAAAACUUCAUCUCCAAAGGAUAAAGCCAUUGGUAGGCAGAGAGAGCGGACAAGAUUUGCAUCUCCAUUACGGGAUGAUGCGUCGGGCACUGGGAAGGAGAACAGGGAAAACAUCAUCUCCUAAUCAAGUGAUGAAAGUUCAGCAUCUCCAAACUUCAGCCGAGUUUAUCUUGCUCGUUUGUCCUCCCCUCUCCAGUUCUUUUGGAGUGUGUAUCUGAAGAACAAAGAGGACACAUGGAGGGAGGAACUAUUAUAAUAUGCUAAUUUUUUUCGUUCUUUUUUCUCUCUUUCAAGGAUACAUAUUUUUCAAUUUUGUAUCCCAGGUGAAUAGAAAAUGUAUCUUUAGUGUACAAUAUUAUUUUGGUUUGAUGAUAUA